AUGACCUCAAAGGCCCCUUCGAGGCGGCUAACGGAUAUCCUGCGCAGCAACAGCAAAGAGACGCUGCUGCGCAAUGCCGCCGAGUUGGCCCGGGUCUCCGCGUCGGUCCCCGCGGAUGACUUGCAGACCCGUUUUCUCCGCAACAUGCGUCUCAUUAGCCCCAAGUCGCUGCGCCUGCUCUGCGAGGACGCCGUGCUGUCGCGCUGGUUCACGUUCGCAGUGUACAAACCACCCUUCUGCCCAAUGCGCCGCGCGGAGGCCGACGGGAACUACCACCGUGUCUCGGUGGAGUCCUUCGUGGAGGCGGCGUUGCGCUCGCGUGCGGUGCAGCCGGUUCUGCAGCGUGAGCUGCGCCCAGCGGAGGUGCGGGUGCGUGUCAUAAAUGACGUGGACGUGUACGCCUCCGGCCCGGUGGUGGUGAGCGUGGCGGACCGGCACGCCUUCGCGACCUCCCUGCAGGACGUGACGAUGCGCUACGACGUCAUUGUGGCCGGUCACUUGCCGUUGACGGAGCCGCGCGCGGUGGAGGCCGGCAGCCUUUUUGCCCUGCCGCGCGGCGACGGCUGCCGUGACCUUCGCGCCGCGCCGUCGUGCGUCUGCACGCACCAAGUGAGGCGGAACGCGUACUACUCGGUGCACCCUGUCAGCCUCUUGGAGUUUACCAUCACGGCGCCCCCCACCCCGCUCCCCCCGCGCCUGGAGGCGUUUGUUCGCGAGCACCUCGGCAGCUUCGUCCUGGGCGACCCCGACGCCCCGGCGCCCGCCGGAAAAAUGAGGCGUCCGGCGAGGACCCCGCCACGUUCCACGACGGCCGCGGCAGACGCGUCGCAGGCGGCGGCGAAGGCGUCGUGGAACGUCGCCGCCAUGCAUGGCGACUGCGACUUCCCACGGGUCUUUACGCACCUGCGCGAGGUCAGCAUUAACGCCGAUGUGGCGGAUGCCGCCGGCGGCGUUGCGGCAAAGAAGUCUAUUGAAUUUCACUGUCGCAAGUGUUUUGAGCCCAUUCUCCAGAGGGAGCGCGUCUAUAGUCUUAAGGGGCGGCGGAUCGGGCUGCUUGACGGCUCCUGGACACCAGAGGCCGAGUUUCUGUGA